UGACUUAAGUCAGUAGAGUGGUACAUUUCUACACAUGAGUUUGGGCACCAAAAAGUCCAAGCCUGGUUUUGCUACUAUUCCACACAGACAGAGGGGCUGUUCUGCAAGACAAGCUGGUGCUUCGUUUUGGACUGUAAAAACAAGACUUUUCUUUGUUGGACAAUGACAUCCAGGAGACCCAUGAUCCGUUCUUACUCAGGCAACGGGAGAUCAGGCAGUCAAAAUGGGGAAGACGUUCCUUCACCGCGUUUAGACAGCCGCAACUACCUCUCCAAUGUCCGGCCUGAAAACAGCUACUCAACUCACAGGUAUUCAAACUACAAACCAUCGAGGAGUACGUUUUGUACAGUUAUGGCUCAGCUGACUGAAGAGACCCAGCCAUGUUUUGAGAUAACCAUCAAGUCCAAGGCAGUGUCAGAGGCCUGCAAUGUGAAAUUCACCUGUGUGGUUACAGGUUACCCUGUCCCUGAGCUGACUUGGUAUAAAGAUGACAUGGAAUUAGACAGAUACUGCGGCCUUCCCAAAUAUGAAAUUUUUCGGAAUGGAAAAACUCAUACUCUCCAUAUCUACAACUGUACAAUCGAUGACGCAGCCAUCUACCAGGCAUCAGCCAGGAACAGCAAGGGCAUCGUCUCUUGUUCUGGCGUUUUAGAAGUGGGUGCCAUGAGUGAGUUCAAGAUCCACCAGAGGUUCUUUGCCAAGCUCAAGCAGAAGGCUGAGCUCAAACGACGAGAAAUCGAAGAGUCUCGACGUCGAGGCAAGGAGAACAUUCAGCAAGAACAGCUGGGCAUCAGCCAGGACCGCAGUUUGAGAAAACGCAGGUUGCCAGAAGGACCAGAACUCAGCUCUCUUUCUGCAGGCCAGGAUGGAGAAGAAAAUGAAGCCAAAGAGGAGGCAACCAUGGAGGAGCAACCAGCAGUUGUUAAUGAGGAGAUGAAUGGGCUUUCGGGGGAAACCCAUGAAUUGAGUGUCAACAUAAAUCAAGAGAAUGACAUUCAGCAGCUCAAUCACAUCCACGAGAAAGAGGAAGUAGGUGGAACAAAGCAGGCUGCCAAAGAAAAAAUGAAUAGGAAAAAGAUCAGGAGGUCCAAUGGGUUUGAUGAGCCUGUUACCAACUUGACCAGCCAAGACAGUGGAAGAGGAGGAGGGGACACAUCUGAGGGAAUGAGUUUGGCAAAGUAUCUGGCACAGUCCUUGCAAACCCAAGCAGCAGAGGAACAGCAAAAAACUGAGGAGCCAGGGAUCACAGCUGCUGGCACCAGCACCGUCCUAGAAAAAGGAAGAGAAUCAGAAAAGGAGAUUGAUCGAAUGAAAGCAGAUGAAAAGGAAAAAGAGAGAGAAAGUUCCAGUGAAAGAGAGCAAGAGAGGUCACAAGAAAUAGAGCGAGAAAGAUCAAGGGAGAGGGAGCGAGAAAGCUCAAGGGAAAGAGAGCGAGAGAAAGCACAACAGCUUGAGCUCGAACACAGAGCCGGGACUGGGUCUGAGGCCCAGGCAAAGUCACAGAAAGAGCCUGAGCAUCAGCACAAGUCUGCACUCAGCUCAGUCUUUCACUCCCUAAAGGACAUAUUCUUUGGUAAGGGCAAGAAAUUGGAGAAACUCAGAGACAAUGUUGAAAAAGAAACGCAACCAUAUGAGCCAGACACAUCAGGAGUCUAUGAUGUGGCCUCAGAACAGUCGGUACCAAUGAAAAUGGAUCAGGCAAAUCAAAUUGGAGACCUAUAUGUGAAUAGGGAGUCUCCCCAGCAACUACCACGCUCAUUACUACUCAAGACUGAUAUAGUAGGCUUGGAUUUGGAUGGUCAAACCCAUAGAUUUAUCACUGACAGCACACAGGAGAUCUCAUCAACUCCUGUUACAAAUAAUGAUACCCAAGUGAGCAGUUCACAAGAACAUGGAGACCAAAAAAGAGCAGAAGAGAAGGGAGGCCCAGAGGCACUGUCCAAGGCCCCCUUGUUGCCACUUAUUGAGGCUACAGAUGACCAUACAGAUGAGGAAAUGGUAGAUCUGCCUCAUGAGAGUGCUGCUGUGCAGGAAAGUACUGCUCCCAUGGAUCAUGUGACAGAAGUUGAUGGAGAAAUGCAUGUUGCAGAAGAGCGAGACGAUACCGCAGACUUCACCCAGAAGCCAGAGGCCUCCCUGACAGGCCCAAACAUGACAGACCUCGAAAGCACAGAGAGCUGUUCUGAGGGUCACCUUUCACAGACAGUCAGCCAUACUCCUCUUCCUGUGCACAGUAAGCAAGACGAUGUGGUUUUAAGUGCAGAUCAGAAAGGAGACCAACGUGACUCAUACACAAAAGAUGUUGAGGCUCCUACUGUGGAGGAAACAGCUGAGGAAAAUGUGCUGAAGAUAGAGGGAUAUUCCUUCAUUAAAGGAAGUGAGGACAAAGACAAGAUGGGUGGGGCAAGAGCUGGGGCAACAGAGAAAACUGAGACUGUUGAGAUGACAGAAAGGUCAGCUAUUUCUUUACAUGGCAGCAGACUGGAAUAUGAUGUGAAUCUGCGAGAAGAACCUGCCCCAGAGCUGGGUACACAGAAUACAGUAAUAGAGAGUGACUUGAAACAAAACAAAACUUCCAUCCCAGCAGUUAUAAUUGGUCUUGUGGAGAAUGAACAGCAAGUCUCGGUUAGAGAUAAUAAUAGCAUGGAUGAAAAUAUUAGCAGUGCAGAAAAUGAUGCAGAGAAAGUUGAAAGUAUUGAAGAAAGGAAGGAAGACAGUGUAGAAGAAAAGCAGGCUGAAAGUACUGAGGAAAAUAGGGUUGAUGUCGCUGAGAAGAAAAAAGAUGCUAUUUUUGAAGAAAAGAAUGUUCCCUCAAUGCAAGUGGCUUUAAAUAUAACAGCUGAACCAGAGAUUUCUAAACAAAGACCAUCAGAAAUUGAUUCAAAAGAGACUCAUGUAGGCUCAAGCAUAGCAGACAAACCAAAAAUAUAUACAAAAGCCCAGCCAGAAAGAUACAUGGGUGAGUCUAGGGACCAAUCUGUGGCUCCUCCAAUCGUUAUUCUGCCAGACACAAGGGAAACCGUCAUUAAGAAUGUAGCAAAAAUGAGAGCCACACCAGUGAUCCCAGAAAUCAAGAUCACGGCAUCAGAAAAAGCCAAACGUGAGGACACUCUGAGCAUCCCUAGAAUAGAUGUUCUUAUAUCAGAACCUGAGAGAGUUAUGCAACAACUAGCACAGGAGGUUGCGCACAUAUUUAGAGACAGUGAACCCAAAGCAGAGGAACCGACAGAUGAUGCCAAAAGAGCACCAAAUGAAGUCACAAGAGAUGACAGAGUGGUGAGUACUGCACAGCCUGUAGGUGUUACUCCCACGCAGCAAGAAAGGAAUGUUGAUUUGGCUCCCUCAGACCAGAGGAACCAGGAAGCUAAACCACAAAGCCCUGAGGUUAGAAUGGGUCACAGAGAAGAUCAAGCAAAGAUCACUAGUGGGCGGAAUAGAGGAAAUGACAGUGGUAAUAUUCCUAUAAUAAACAUUGCAUGUGCUGAUGAUAUUCCACCUUCUCAAGAAGGGCAGGUACAUGGGAAGCAAGUCCUUCAUGAUACAGUGGCAGCAGACAAUGUUUCUCCUAAAAUGCAAGUUCCCUCGAUUUUCACCACACACGUAGAAAGCACUCCAGACAACAGUACUAAAAAAGAAGAGGCACCAGAAUCUUUGGCUGCCAUACUCAGAAAGGUUGAGCAUGAUCUGGACCAUGUAGGCAGCUCCAACAGAUGUCCUGGAACUGAAAAGUCUGCAGUGCUAAAAGAGCAGAAUGUGCCUGACAAAAUGAACUUAGAGAACCAAAUCAGCUCUGAUGGUCCCUCAUCAGCAAAAAUAACUGAUGCAGAAGGUGAUGCAGAAAGACAAAGGGAUAAACCUGCAAUGGAUAAACUUGGCCUAACAACACCUGUGGGACCCACACUCCCCCCACUGAGCCCAGCUAGUCUGAGAAGGCUUAUGGCAAAGAAUAACCCAAAUUUAGAGAGCCAGGGAUCCAUGUCUGCCAUAUCAUCAGCAGAUGGGAUUGAGAAGAAAGGAGAAGAGAGCGGAGGCAGCACGCCCACAUCAACUCUGUCUUGUGAGAGCAGCCCCAAGAUGAAGCGACGAGACAGCUUGACCCUCAUCCCAUCUGCCACCCCAGAGGAGCUGGCAUCUGGGGCUCGCCGAAAGAUUUAUCUUGCCAAAACUAAGUCUGAGGACGAGGGAUCAGACACUCAAAAUAAGAGAGACAGUCCAAAAAUGUCACCUAGCCAGGCACGCAGAGCAGCUUUCCUACAACUUCAGAGUGGACAGCAAACACCACCCAUGGAAAGACGUUCACCCUUGCUAGGCCGCCGGAAAGCCACACUUGAGGUGCCCAAACCCAAGGAGGAGACCUCAGAGGAGACUGACAACUCAAACACAGAGAGCAAACCAGCAGAGAAAGAGAAGCUAGACCCAUUCAAAGCUCCUCAGGUAAUCCGCAAGAUCAGAGGAGAACCCUUCUCAGAUGCCUCAGGCCACUUGAAGCUGUGGUGUCAGUUCUUCAACGUGCUCAGCGACUCCACCAUCAAGUGGUUCAGGGAUGAGGAGGAGAUUGUAGAGGUGAAAAGAAGUGCAGGGGACGAGAGUCAAGUGGCGCUGGCCAUUGUCCAGGCAUCCGGACGAGACUGUGGCGUGUAUGGCUGCACAAUUAAAAACGAAUACGGCACUGACACCACGGACUACUUACUCAGCGAAGACAUACUUGGAGAAUUCUUCUUACGAGACGAUAUAGAAGUGGGAGAGGAAAUCGAGAUGACACCAUUGCUCUUCACCAAAGGCCUGGUAGACCCAGGAUACUGGGGAGAAAAGUUCUUUGGCCGCAUCAUGACACAGGAGGUGCAGAUUGGAGAGGGCUAUGCACACAAGACCAGUAGAGCUAAGGUCAUUUAUGGUCUGGACCCUGUCUUUGAGUCAGGAAGCACUUGUGUUGCCAAAGUGAGAAACCCCAUCGCGUACGGGACCAAAGAGGAGAGCAAUCUGGCUGAGAGAAAUCUAGAAAUCACCAAACAGGAAUGCAAAAUCCAGAACACAAUUCGGGAAUACUGCAAAAUCUUUGCAGCUGAGGCGAGGGUGAUUGAUAACUUUGGUUUCUCGCUUGAAGUGAUUCCUCUAUAUUUGAUGUACCGGCCAGCCAACACCAUCCCAUAUGCCACAGUCGAGGCUGACCUGAAUGAGGGCUACUCACAAUAUUGUCUGAUAGACAAUACUGGCAGACUGAUCGCUCAAACAAGUUCUGAGGUGGAGCAAAAAUGCUGUACCUUCCAACACUGGAUUUAUCAAUGGACAAAUUGCAAUCUGCUGGUCACUCGAUUAGAAGGUGUGGAUGCAAAGAUGACAAACAUUAGGAUUGUAACCAAGUCCAAAGGUUAUCAGGGUCUAACGGAUGAAGGCUCUCCGAAGAUACUGGAGCAAUUUGUGACCCAGCAUCAGUGCAACUACUACUGCGGGCUGCUUGGCCUGAGGCCCCUGAAGCUCAUGGACUGUCUACAGCAGCAAAAGGUAAAGACAUCAAGGAGCCCUUUGCUGGCCCGGCGGGUAAGCACUGGCUCAUCCAGUCCCCAGCUACAGAAGAAAGGCUCAGCGAGCCCCCAAGCACCCAGGAAAGGCAGCGUGAGUCCCAAAGUGGUAAAAAAGACUGGUGAAGAAGGGGAGAACAAGCCUGCUACCAAGCAUAAGACCGUGGAGGUUCCAAAAGCUGUUAGGAUGAGGUAAAGAAAAUGGAAUUGAAACACUGAAAAAUGGAAAGUGGCACUAGAGGACUCCUUUAGAGUACUCCUCAAUUUUCUGGCUCAAAUAUAUUGUGCUCUACACUGGAAUGUGUGAAGGCUAAAAGGCUGCAUUUUGUCAGCUUAUCAGCAGACUGGUGUCAUUUCUCCGUCCAUUGCCUGCGCCUUAGGUAUGUCAUUGUGCAGCACAGCAAGGAAAAUGGCUAUAUAGCUUCAAUAAUAGACUGAGUAGUCAAUGACCAUAAGAGUUUGGCAACUGUGAUGUAAUAUUUUUAUAAAUUGCUCUGUAACAAUUGCCAUCUCUCCAUUUAAAAAUUAGAAUAGAUUACAAAUAAAUGUAAAAGUGCAUUAAUUGGAGUUUGACUUUAUCUAUUAUAAGAUGUUUCAAGAAGAUUGAGUUUAUACCAGUGAGGAGCUUGGUGAUGGAGGGAUUGUAAAAAAUUCCUUAAAACAUCUGCAAUGUGUAUUGAUGGUACUGAAAUGCUGAUCUUGUUUUGUAGAUACUAUUGGAUUUACACUGGCUUGCAGAUUGUUUUGCAUUUUUAAAAAGUCUGAUAUGUGGCAGUACAUUGCGCUGGAAUGCAACACUAGUAUUUUUUAUGCAACACUUCAGUGCCAGCAUUUAGAACUGAAUAACAGCUUCUUUAAGAAAUGUUCACUUGUCAGUCUUUUCACGUUGUGUACACAGUUUCUAGAACGAUAAAGCCACAUUCAGUUGUUAUCUGAUGAGUCAAUGUUUUUAUCUUGAAUGUUUAAUCAAGCGGAGAGAGAAUGCCUUGCUUUAUUGUCACUGUAAAUCGGUUUACUUUUGUCCUUUUGGACUGUAAACACAUGGGAAGACCACAUGUCUACAACACUAAUCAUCAGUAAAAGAACAGUAACAGAUCCUGUACUUUGUAAGGUGUUUUUUUCCAAAUAAACAUUCAUCCUUUUGCUUUAUAAGUACUGAAAAGUCAUAUUUAUUCAUACUCUAAUUAAUGCUAUUAAAUUUUAUUGUGUCUGAUGGUUUACUUAAUUUGAGGGUUAAAGUUAAGUGUGAUUAAAAUAGAACAUACUCUGGACUGCGUGAGGCGUUUGUGGCAGUAUGAGUGAGAAUAAGCGGAAGUCUUUGAAAUAUGUGUAGAGAAUAUAAUGUAUUUCAGUUACUUUGUUGGGUGGUGCUUUUUUGUUUUUUUGUAAAUUAAAAUGUGUAAAUAAUUGA